CGCAUGCAUUCUUUUUCAAAACAAAUGUGAAAACGUGGUCGUCGUCGUAGAGCGACUGCCUGAUAAAUUCGGUUUUUUCUUCACAAAAUGGCUUUAAAAGCAUUAAAAUGUCGAAAAUCUAAGCGGCAAAAGGCAUCGCUGCGUUACAAAGUCAUCAAAAAGAUCGCCGCCAGCAAGCGGAAGAAGGAGAAGGAAGCAAAAAAAGUUCCCAAAUUUCGAUCAAAAAAGCAAAAGCUGAUCCAAGUGCCUAAUAUUUGCCCAUUCAAAAAGGAAAUACUGGAUGAGGUGGCCGAACAUAAGCAGUUCGUUGAACAGGAAAAGGAACGUAAGCGGGAACUCCUGAAGCAGCACAGACAACAAGCUUUGCAGGGUCAAACAAUCGAGUCCAUCGCAGAGGAUGCGGACAAGCGCAGUCAAGGAUUUGACCCGACGAAGGCUCAACCUAAAGUGCAGGAAGAGUACGUCAAUGUUGGUCGUGGCAAAGAGGGUUCACUGAAGGCGUACUUCAAAGAAUUCAAAAAGGUUAUUGAUGCAGCUGAUGUCAUUCUGGAGGUAGUUGACGCCAGAGAUCCACUGGGUACACGGUGUGCUGAGGUGGCCCAAAUCGUUCGAGAAGCUCCCGGCCAAAAAAGGUUAGUGCUGAUUCUGAACAAAGCCGAUCUAGUACCAAGGCAAAAUCUUGAGAAAUGGUUAAAAUAUUUGCGUAAAUCAGGACCGGUUAUUCCGUUCAAAGCCACCACACAGACGCAAAAGUUUCGCAUUGGAAACCGUAAAUUUAAGGCAGCAAAAACUUUGGAAUGCUCUCCUUGCAUCGGAGCAGAUUUGCUAAAAGAACUGCUGGCCAAUUACUGUCGCAGUGACGAUAUUCGCACAUCCAUUCGAGUGGGAAUUGUAGGUCUCCCGAAUGUGGGCAAAAGUUCGCUUGUGAAUUCCCUGAAACGCAAACGAGCCUGUCUGGUAGGGGCAAAACCUGGCAUCACCAAACAGAUGCAAGAGGUACAAAUCGAUUCACACGUAAAGCUAAUCGACAGUCCGGGAAUAAUUUUCCAGCGCCCGAAAGACGAAGAUCAGAAUCGAUUCUACGCUUUGAAGAAUGCACAGAAAGUUACAGAAAUUCAAGAUCCUUUCCCGUUGGCGGAUGACAUCCUGAAACGAGGCACAAUGACCUACUUCUGCAAGCUGUACGAUGUUUCCGAGUUUCAUUCGACGGAUGAAUUCCUUGCCAAAAAAGCCAUCAAGAUGGGUGCGCUUGCUAAGAAGGGCGUUCCGGAUGUGAAAAAGGCUGCCCGAACACUGAUUGAAGAUUGGAAUGCAGGCAAAAUUAAAUAUUGCACCCAUCCACCGGAGGAUGGAGAUGAAAUUCAUGUUAGUGCUCAGUUGGUUACGAAUGAUGCUCCGGAAUUCAGCCUAGACAAUUUCGAUCGAGUACUGCAACAGUUGGACAAUGAGUACGAGGAGAGUUUCAAGAUGAAAGACAAGGAUGGCGAUGAAAUGGGCGUCAUUUCUAAAGAUGAGAUCCUUACGAUGGAGCUGGAUACCAAAGCACCAGUUAGCAUGAAACUGGCAAAGGAGGAUCAAAAAAAUAACGCUCUUGGCGAACUUAUCCGAGGUGCUGGUAAGAUAAUCGAGGAAGAGGAAUCGGCUAGCAGCGUUAAAGGCAAAAAGCGAAAGGUGAAUGAUUACGCCGAGGAGGAGAAAAAGUUUCGAAAGGAUCCGAUGUUUCAGUUGGACGGCAAUAAGACGGUAAAUAAAAGCAGAAAGGCCGAACUGAAAGCGAAAAAGAAGGCUGCUGCCAGGGGAGAAAAGCGAGUCACGGAAAUGGCGGACGAUUUGGAGCUGUUGUCGGUUGGUGGAAGCGCUAAGAAGAAGAAAUCCGCUGAUGAAUACGAUUUCGAUAGUGACUAUCAAAUGUAAACUUUUGUUUGAUUUUGUAUGAUAUAAUACAGAUAGUUGCAAUGA